AUGGCAGAAGCUUCACAAGUCAAAAUGCUCAAUAUUCAAGAAAUUGAGCAGCUCAACAUCGAUGAAUUCGCAGGAAAUAUCUCAAAGGGCAGUAAAAGUUUAAAUGCUUUUUUUGUAUAUAGAAAAGUAUUCACGAAAAGGGCUAUAGCUAGUGGAAUAAAAAUGAAAAUGACUGAAGUCUCAAAAUUAUCUGCUGAGGCCUGGAACAAUGAACCUCCAGAAAUUAGAAAAGCCUAUGCUGACGUUUCAAAAAGAAUUGACAAUGUAUUACAGAAAAAAAGGCAAAAAGAUAUGACUUAUCAGAUCGUCUACGAUGGGAACAUGACAAAAGUCCAAACGCCUAUUCCACAAGAACAAGAAUCUCCUAUGGAAUCUCCUGUAGAAUCUCCUAUAUUGAUCCCAUCUUAUCAUGAUUUGAUACCGGGCACUCAGUUUUUCCCUCUUAAUGAUGGGACAUUUCUUAAUGAUGGGACAUUUCCUAAUGAACAUUUAUUCGAUAUAAAUUCAUGCUAUAACUUUUUACCCAUGGAUCCGAUAAAUGAUCCUUUAUUCGAUAUAAAUUCAUGUUAUAACUUUUUACCUGUGGAUCAGAUGAUCGAUCUUUACCUCAAUUAUCCAUGGUUAUUUCAGCAUCAAUAA